CGACCAUACUGUGAGACACAUGCUCUCGUCUUCCACUGCUUGGUUGGAGCCUGAACAUCGCCUCGCUUUCAUCCUUCUGCCUUUGCCCUCGCCGCCGAACUCGCCUUGCAAUUUCCGACACGAUCUUCGCAGCAAGUCGCAUCCGCCGUCCUUCGUCUGAAGUGUUGCCUACAUACAUCCACACAGACCGGCUCAGAAUGCAGCUCCACAAGGUUGUUCUCUUUACACUGGCCAUCGCAGCCGCUUCGAGCAGAGCUCAACCCAUACCAUCCAGGAUGGGUCGGCCGUUCGAAAACGCACCUGUGGAAGAUCUCGCAGGACAUCCGACGCUCGGUCUGAGUGCAUUCGAGGCAACGAUGUCGAUGUUUGCGCCGGGAUCAAGGGGGUUCCAAAUGACUCUUCACGAAGCAUUACAAAGGCCUUGUCUCGAGCCCAAUACGCACCCGGCGCGGCGUUUCGGCAGGGCCAUCAACACCAUGACAAGGCUCAUUUCUCGCCUGCGGAUCACUAUCGACACUAGCCAAGCUACUGCCCCUCUUCGACACGCGCAAGAACUGCUUCCGAACGUUUCUCAGCUGUCACGACGGUCACACCCUUCUCAAUUCAGUGACUUUUCCACCUGCGCCAUCCCUUACUGCGGCCUCAACCUCUUCAGCACGGGGUCAGGAAUCGGUGUCCCAUUCUACGCCAAGAAAGGAGCCACACAUGUGGAGAGUGUCAAGACAAUGAGGAAUGUAUUGGCCGGGGACAAGCUACUCGGCAAAGCGAAAGCAAAGGCAAAGGAGCAUGCGCAGGAGCACGAGGAGGAAGAGGGUGACAAAGACGGCGAGAAGCAUUAAUGCAGUCAGUCUAUCGAGCACACACUCGGAAGCGCACGUGGGUUCUGGUGCAAGAAGACAGCGUGAUCGUACUGAAUCAGAAGGACACAACGGCAUUCGUCAUUUUUCGGAGCAUAACCUGAAAACUACAUAGCACUUAUUCAUGUCGCAAUGCCAACUUCCAGUGGCAAGAAUCCAAGUUUUCCGGGCGUCCCUUUGCCUUGCCUCGGCAG